AUGCAGUCCAGCCGGCUGUUUACCGAGGAGCGCGACGUGGUUCUGGACCCGCUCAAGGCGCACCGGUGGCGCGUGAUGAAAGACCGGGAGGAGUUCGAGCCGAUGACUCGCGCCAGCGAGAUCCUGCUGACGGCCGAGGAGCCCUCCAUACGAACAUAUUUUUGUGCCAAGAACGUCGUCAUGGAGUUUAUCCGCAACCAUCCCAAUGAUCCUCGCGGCUACAAGGAGCUCGGCAAAGUCCAUCUGUACAGCUGUGUGCCCGAGAACAUCGACCUGGCAGAGGAGGCCUUCCAGAGGGUCCAGUCGCUUUCGGGACACAUCGAUGCGGAGGGAUGGUAUCUGAUAUCGAUGUGCCAUCGGAUCCGUCUGUUCGGGAGUGACCGGAGCAGCAGCAGCGGGCCGUCGGCGGCAGGCAAGCCUGGCGCGCCAGUCGACCGGCACCAGCGGCUAGCGGAGAGAUGCCUGCAGCGCGCGCUGGCGCACUCGCACGGCUCGAGCGUGUACCGCUUCGCCCUCUCGGAGUUCUAUGCGACGACCGGCCGGCUGUCCAAGGCGCUGGCCGUCCUCCAGGCCGGGCUCUCCCCCCGCGGCCCGCCCACCCGCGCCGACGCGGCCAUCUUCCACCAGCUCGCCCGGCUCGGCAUCGCCGCGAGCACGCCCCUCCAGGCCCGCGCCCGUCCCGACCGCGCCCUCCUGCUCGCCCGCGCCGCCCUGCUCCACUAUCGCCACGCAAUCGCCGCCGCAGACCCCCGGUCCGCCCGAGCAUGGGCCCGCGAACUCGCAAGCGCCGAAGCCUUCGUCGCCCGUCUGGCCGAAGAAACUGCCGACAUCGCCGCCUUCGCUGCCGCUCCCUCCGGCCCCGUGUCUCUGCGGAGCCGGCAGUCCGCCUCGCCCGCCCCGCCCUCCGCAUCCCCCCCGCCGAAACACCCCCGCACCCGCCCGACCCGCUCCCACGCCUCGCGCGCCUCGGCAGCGUCCUUCCGCGCCGGACCGGCCGACGACGCGCCGGGCGCGCCGGCGCCCUCGUGCACUUGCUCGACGUGA